AUGUGGCGGCCGUGGCGUAAAUCGUCUGUUAAGAUUCACAACACAUUCUCUCCCACCGCUUCCUUCAAAGACAUCCACCACCUCUGCACCGACGACUCCUCUUCCUUCCCUUCUUCUCCCUGCGCCUCUCCCUCCCCCUCUCCCAACCACGUCUCCAGAGUCUUCCACCGAGUCUGCGCCGCGAACCUAAUCCUCCGCUCCUGGCCGACUCGCGCCUCUAACAACCUCCCCCGCGCAGAUUCCGAACCUCUCCAGCUAAAUCCACCCCCGGAUCCGAAGCAAUCCAAACCCGAACCCGAUGCUAUACGUAUCUCAAUCCCCGGCGCGGAGACCAGCAUCGUCGUCUACUUCACCAGCCUCCGCGUCGUUCGCCCCACGUUCGAAGCCUGCCGAGCCGUCACCACGAUCCUCCGCAGCUUCCCCGUGCGAAUCGACGAGCGAGAUCUCUCCAUGGACGCUUCCUUCGCAGCGGAGCUGGAGCGGAUCUUCUUCUCCUCCGAGGAGAAGGAGCUUCCGAAGCUGCCGAGAGUCUUUAUCGGCGGACGGUACGUGGGAGGAGCGGAGGAGGUGAAACAGCUUCACGAGAUCGGAGAGCUGAAGAAGCUCGUGCAGGAGUUGCCGAGAGUUGAGCCAGGGAAAAUUCCAAUUUGUAAAAUUCGAAAUGGAAAGUGGUAG